AUGUCUGCAUUAAGAUCACAAUUAAAGGGACUCAAGGAACUUCGUCUUCAUUUCUGCCAAACCUCACCCGCCAGUAGUGGACUUCGCGACUUUGUUGCAAAGAACUACCUUACUAUCAAGCAAGCCAAUCCCGAACUUCCCAUUUUGAUUCGUGAAGCUAGUGGUGUUGAAGCUCGUGCCUUUGCUCGUUUCGAUAAAGGAAUUGAACGUAAAGUCAUUCUUCAAAAUGCAUCAGCACAAGAUAUUGAAAGAACCUUGGAGCAAUUGAUUAAAUCUGCUUAA